AUGCCGUUAUGCUCCUGGACCACCGGGCCCUCCAAGUCCGUGCGAUAGAAGUCAUCCCUGCGGACGCUAAAGUCCUGAUAUCAUAUAUUGACAACACAGUGCCUCGCGAAUGCUGCCAGCUGGCACUGUCGGAAAGGAACUUCGCCUGCGCCUACUCGCCCUGCAAUUGCCCUGCCAACCCCGCGGGCCGGUUCCUCUGUGCCUGGUGGGGGGUUGGAAUACCAUCGCGCGAAGCGGUACAUUGCAAUAAACGUUGCACGAGCAUUCCUCGUGACUGCAGAUGUGGAGGUACUCGAGCAGACAGCCUGGUCCGCGCUCGGCUCGGAUAAGAGUAAAGCAAUAAUCUCCAGCUUGAGGCACCUGCACAAUUCGCCUAUAUGGCCAUUAUCCCGGCAGCCCUUGGCCGCUCUACGCCUAGCGCUCGUGCGGAGUGAAUAUAUCCCGCCCAGAAAUUUGGAACGGGCUCUACUGCACCAUUUACUGGUCUACUGA